AUGGCUCCCGCACUUCCCACGCAAGACUACUACGUCACCUUGGGGGUGCGACCUUCUGCGCUGUACGGCGAGAUCAAGACGUCAUACCGCCGCCUCGCACUAUUGCAUCACCCGGACAAGAACAUCGGAUCUCAACAUGCGACCGCGACGAUUCAGCUUGUGCGGAGAGGCCACCGUGCUUUGAAGACAUGGGAAGUACUCAAAGAUGCGACUAAGAGGAGCGAAUACGAUCGCAGCCGUCAACAACGAACUGCUUCAUCCUCAGGCAGUCAACCUUACGCUCCAUCUCCAGCCACAUCACAGCCAAACCCUCAGCCGCACCCGCAAAACGAGACACCAGCGCAAAGGGAAGCGCGUGCACAAGCAGAGAGCAACCGGAUACGACAAGAGUGGCUCAACUAUGAGAGAUCUCAGAAAGAGCAGAUUCGUCAAUGUCGUAACACUGUCAAGUCUCUUGAAGCCGAACUCGAGUGCCUGAACAGGAAUGUCUUUGAGAAUCGAGCAAAGCUAGCAAACGACAAUCAGUCGGAAGCGGGCACAUUGGCCUUCUUGAGCAACAGACUGAGUGAACAAGAGAAGAGCGACAUCACGUUAGCCACAAUCAACGCGGAGAACGCCAUUCGGAUCAAGCAGAUACGCCUAGACGAAGCAAGGGUACGGCUCGAACAGCUGAACGAUGACCUCACGAAACGAAAAAAUCAAGAACGCGAAAGGCUUGUGGCUGAGCUGGCUGAGAAGGCGAGGAAAGAACGGCUUGCGAAAGAAAAGGCUGAACAGGCCCGACAGUGGGAACAGACAAGACAAGCAUGGGAGGCUGAACAACGUGCUGAAAAGGAGUCCCGAAAAGCACGAAAGAAAGCGAAGCGAGAAGCAGAACAAAAAGCAAGACAGGCAGCAGAACAAAAAGCAGGAUGGGAGGCAGCAAAGAAAGCAGCAAGAGAAGCAGAGGAGUAUGCGAGAGAGGAAGCAGAGUAUUGGGCGACGCAGAAAGAAGAGCGUCGCAUGAGAGAGGAAGCAGAUAUGCGAGACAAGAAGAAAAGUAUCGUGCGAGAGAGGAAGCAGAACGUCGUACGAGAGAGCAAGUGGAGCUUCGUGCAAGACGGAAAGCAGAGCAUCGUGCGAGGCAAGAAGCAGCUCACCGUGCAAGACAAGAGGAAUCGAGGAAGCGCGCGGCAAAGGAACAUGCAGCAAAGCAGUACGAGGCCACAGCAGCAGAACGAUCACGAGUGA